GUUUAGGUUAGAUAACUGCAGUACGCUAUUGUCACCUUGUGCUGCAAUUUCCUUCUUAAUUGAUCAGGCCUUUAUUUGUGCAUAUCAUAAAAUGCCUGCUGGAUGCAGUGCUCCUAAAUGCACAAAUUCUAAUAAAGACGGAUAUUGCUGCACAACAUUUGCCCAAGAUCCAAAUUUGAGACAAAAAUGGAUUGAUGCUGCCGGAAUUCCUGACUGGAAACCUUCAAAAUCAGCUUUAUUGUGUGAGGUUCAUUUCCAUUCAUCAGAAUUAUUCCGCGUUGGUAGCAAAAAACUUAUAAGGAAAGGUGCCAUACCAAGUUUGUUUUGCAAAUGUCAACAAUCUAUGAAAAAGAAACCUCUUGCAGAAAUUCAAUCAGAACAGCGAUGUAAUGAAUCAAUUGAAUUUCUUUCUCACAAAAAGACAGGAUUAAGAAGUGAUCAUUCGUAUACUGCUUCAGAAAAUUUUGAGAAACAAAAAAACAAGAGUUAUAAAAGAGAGCAGUAUUCAAAUGAAUUACAAGAACAUAAUUAUUGUUUACUUUCCAAAAAAAGGAAAUCUAUUACGUUUGGGUCACGUAAGAAGUAUGUCCAUACUGCACAUUGUGUCGUAAUGAAAAAACCCAUUGAUAUAAAUACAUUGGAGACAUUCUCUAAAGACGAAAAUUACAGAUCAAAUUCUAAUCUACAUAUAUCAUCAGAAUGUACUGCAAACCAAAUAUUGUCUACGGAGAAUUUAUCUAGUCCAAAAGAAUAUGAAAUUACUGCAAACCAAAUAUUGUCUACGGAGAAUUUACCUAGUCCAGAAGAAUAUGAAAUACUAAAAGAAAAAUUAAAAAUGGCUGAAAAGGAAAGAGAUAUUUUAAAAAGUAAAGUUAAUGACUUAGAAAAAAAUAUAGAGGAAAAUACUGAAAUAAUCAAUACAAUUCUUAAUAAAGAUCAACAAAGAGCAAUUGUAUAUGGUACUACAAAAGGUUCCAAGUGGUCAGAUGAAACAAUCGAAAAAGGAUUGAACUUGCAUUUUGCAUGUGGAUCGCAUGGUUAUAAUCAAAUAAUUAAACUUGUUGCUCCAUUUCCUUCAUUGAGAACUUUAAGAAAUAAGAUACAGCACAUUAAACGUACAUACAGUGAACAAAAUGUAUUCGUACAAGGAAAUUUUUUAUGA